GCUGGCCAGGCGCCCUUCGAGGGGCCCUUCCUGCAGCAUGUGCUAUCCUCCGUGGGCGGCGCUCUCUGCUACAUUCACUCCCAAGGAGUGCUACACCGCGAUGUCAAGCCCCCAAACAUCCUGGUCAGCCACACCCUCCAUGAAGUCAAGCUGGCAGACUUUGGGAUCUCCAAAAUCCUGGAAGCCUCCGGUCACGCAGGCACUGUUUUGGGAACUCCCGCCUACAUGUCGCCUGAGCUUGUCUCGGGCAGACCUUAUGGGACCGCUGCUGAUGCCUGGGCGCUGGGUGCCUGUCUCUUUGAGCUGGCAUCACUUAAGCGGCCCUUCGAUGCCUCGAACCAGCUAGCCCUGGUCUGGCAAAUUGUGGAGCACGACCCUCCUGAGCUGCCGACAGAGACGCCACCGGACAUGGUGUCCAUCAUCCUCGGCCUCCUGAACAAGGAUCCGUCACUUCGGCUACGACUGGAGGAGCUUGUUCCGGACGAGGCGGACCCGGUGAUGGCAGGCCUGGUCCAGGCUGAGAAGGAGCGGCAGAUGAAGUGCAUCGAGCUCAUCGCUUCCGAGAACUUCACGUCUCGCGCCGUCAUGGAGUGCUUGGGUUCGGCCUUGACCAACAAGUACUCCGAGGGACAGCCAGGGGCCCGAUACUACGGAGGCAAUGAGGUGAUCGACAAGGUGGAGAACCUGUGUAAGGAGCGUGCGCUCAAGGCCUUCAGCUUGGAUGAGAAGGAGUGGGGCGUCAACGUGCAGCCCUACUCCGGAAGCCCGGCAAACUUUGCCGUGUACACGGCCCUGCUGCCGCCCCACGCGCGAGUCAUGGGACUUGAUCUGCCCAGCGGCGGACACCUCACACAUGGCUACUACACCGCGAAGAAGAAGAUCUCUGCCACGUCCAUCUACUUCGAGUCGCUGCCCUACCGUGUGCACCCAACUGGGCUCAUCGAUUUCGACGAGCUUCGCAAGACAGCGCUGGUCUUCCGGCCGGCGAUGAUCCUGUGCGGUGCCUCGGCCUACCCGCGCGUGGUGGACUUCGCCAAGUUCAGGGAGAUCGCCGAUGAGGUGGGUGCCUUCCUGAUGGCCGACAUCGCCCACAUCUCUGGGCUCGUGGCCACCGGCGAGCAUCCUUCACCUUUCCCCUUCUGCGAUGUGGUGACCACCACGACGCACAAGUCUCUCCGAGGCCCCCGUGCAGGCAUGAUUUUCUUCAAGUACAGCGAGAAGGUGCCGGACAUCAAGGACCGCAUCGACAUGGCCGUGUUCCCUGCGCUGCAGGGAGGCCCCCACAAUCAUCAGAUCGGAGGCCUGGCAGCACAGCUACUGGAGGUGGCCACCCCGGACUUCAAGGAGUACUCCAAACAGGUGAAGGCCAACGCCAAUGCUUUGGCACAGGCACUGAUGGCCAAGGGCCACAAGCUCGCCAGCAACGGCACGGACAACCACCUGAUUCUUUGGGACCUGCGGCCCCACGGCCUCAGCGGUGGCAAGGUGGAGAAGGUUUGCGAGCAUUGCUCCAUCACGCUGAACCGCAACGCAGUGCAUGGCGAUGUCUCUGCUCUCUCCCCCGGGGGCGUGCGCGUAGGCGCCCCGGCCAUGACCACGCGUGGCUGCACCACCGCGGACUUCGAGAAGAUCGCAGACUUCCUGGACAGGUGCUGCAAGAUCGCGCUCAAGGUUCAGGAGGAGAAGGGCAAGAAGCUCAAGGACUUUGAGGCAGCCCUCCCCGGCAACGCCGACAUCCAGGCCCUCAGGAAGGAGGUCGAAUCCUGGGCAUCCACUUUUGGAUACCCGGGACUCUAA